AUGGCGCAAACAAAGCAGGGCGUCUCUAAGAUCAACAAAGCGGCGGCUGCAGCAGGUCGCGGUCGCGGUGGUGCUCGUGGUAAAGAUAUAGCUAAUGGUGGCGAGAAGAAGCAGAUCGGGAUGACAUCUUUAGAGCUCCGCCAACUGAAAGUGGCCUCAGCGGAGUUUCAUCGUGAGCAACUUCUAGAGGCGGUUGGAGGAGGCAAGAAGGUAGACAAACGUCAUGGCGAAGGGAGUUCUGGGGUAAAUUGUGGCACUCAUCGUGAUGAUAAUGUGGAGGACGGGGUUGAUGGAGAGGAUCGCGAGCGGGACGAUGGCGAUGAUGACAGUGUGGCCGGAACCGCCGGUCAAACCAGUGCAGAUGGCGGCACUGCUGCUCGCGCGGAUGGUGACGAGGAUGAGGCCGGUGAGGAGAUGGUGGCGGCCGACGAAGAGAAGGACGAGGAAGAGGAGGGGGAUGCCGAGGAGGAAGAGGAGGGGGAUGCCGAGGAGGAAGCUAAGGAGGAAGAGGAGGGGGAUGCCGAGGAGGAAGAGGAGGGGGAUGCGGAGGAGGAAGAGGGGGAUUCGGAGGAGGGGAGCGGUGACGACUCCGAGGAGGAGGUGAACACCGGUGACGGAGAGGAGGCGGAGGACGACAACACUGAGGACUACGACGACUUGGAAGAGGAAGGGAUGGAGGAUACAGAGGGAGAUGGGGGGGAGAGAGCUAAAAAGAGGAGGCGGGGUGGAAAUGGGAAGGGUAAGAAGGCAGCAGGCGGUCGAGGUGGGGGGGGGGAAAGGGGGCGGCCGGGGGAAAGGAGGUGGGCGGGGGAGAGGGAGGGGGCGUGGACUCACAUGCAAGGGCAGCACCUCAACCACUGGAUCAUAUGGUUGCGGAAGUUCCAUGGUGGGGAGGUGGGCCAAAACGACCACUUCCCUGGAGGGGGGUAUGGGGUUGACGACGAGGUUCCGGACGGGGGCGUGAAAUGGGUAGGCGCAGACACUUGGCCAGCACCGCCCACUGAGGGGGUGCCAGCGAGGAAGGGGCAGCAGCUGAUCACGCAGACCUACCCCAAGUGCUUCGACAAGGACUACCUGCAGCAGGCCAUGUGCGAGUGCGUGGUCGCCACCGACCAGGCAUUCACUGUGGUGGAGCACCCGACGUUUCGCAAUAUGAUGGCGGCCGCCAAUCCUGAGUGUGCCGUGGAGAGAGUGAUUCCCUCGCGCUCCACCCUAGCCCGCCAAAUCAUCCGUCUGGCAGGGCUGGCAAGGAUCACGCUCAUGGAGAUAAUUGCUGCUGACGGGGUAGGGGCUGUUGCACUUACGCAUGACAUAUGGACCGGUGAGAAUCACCGGUCGUACAUAUCAGUGACAGGUCACUGCGUGAAUGAGAAGUUUGAGCUCAUGCAGAUAACCCUCGACUUCCGUGCUAUGCCCGGCAAGCAAAAUAGCGCGAGGAUCAUCGAGGUGCUGCUCGAUGUGGUGAAGGAGUGGAAAUUGGAGAAGCGGUGCAUUGCUGUGACAUCCGACAACGCGUCGGCCAAUGUCGCAGCGAUGGAGUUCUUUUGCCGUGGGGGGCCAACCGACCGUCAGCCGCCCUUGUUCUUCUCCGGGAUGCACGUCAGGUGCAUGGGCCACAUUUGCAACCUAGCAAUCCAGCUAGGGCUGAAGACAGUGCUCGAUAUCAAGGAGCCGCUAGGGAUCAUUAGAGACCUAGCGUCCUUCAUUGGGUUAUCGCCCAAGAGGACAACCCUGUUUGAGAAGAUCCAGAAGCGUGCGGAUGAGAAGGCGAGGAUAUUGCGUCUUCGCGGGGACAAUGAGCCAUUCCAUGCCGUGAGCCUCGCCGCUGAGGGGUCCAAGUACCCCACGAUCUCCAGGGUUGUCCCGCAGUUCAAUGAACUGUUGGACGGCCUAGACACCCUCAAAAACAAUGUGUCCUCCCCCCCAUCAGGGAUCAUGAAGGAUUGCAUCACUAAGGCAGAGGAGAAGCUGAUGGAGUACUACUCGGGCAGCAGUGAUGAGCUUUGGGUUGCCACCAUCCUUGACCCAAGCUUCAAGAUCGGGUACUUCGAGAUGGAUGGUGAGGGGGGAGACAAGGAGAGUGAGAGGCCGAGGGGGGUACAUCAUGUUGCGGUGGAAAGGGUGCUCGCCUUGGUACGGGCGAAGUUGGUACCGUACAAGGCAAAGGCGGUGGCGGCGAGGGAGAAACGGGAGAGGGCAGAGGGGGCUGGUCGUGGUGCACGCGGAAGGGGAGGGGGGAAUUCAUCAGGAGGGAGCUCCUCUGGCCGUGGGGGUGGAGCUGGCAGAAAGGGGGGUGCUGCAGGCGGCCGCCCAGCCAUCGAUUCAUUCGGUGGUGUAGACGGGGAUAGACGGAGCUUGAGGGCAAGAUUAGAGGAGUACCGUAGCCGCCAGGAGGAGUCCGUCCAGGACGAGGUGCAGAUUUACAUUGACGAGCGAUUGGAGCCUUUGGGGUGCAAGUUGGGGAAGGCGGCGGCGAAACUGCUAGAGUUGGCGGAGGCGGAUGCCGUAGGGGUGGAGAUGGAUGAAGAACAGCCGAAGUGA